UCUACGCAAUUCAUGUUGUUCAUGUUGAUCAUCGGGCUGCCAAUUUUGUUCUUCCCGGACCUUCUUAUAAAGCAUCUCCACGUAUCUGCUGUGUCACCUUUCUCAUUUAAGACCAAGUCAUUCUCACUUUGACAUUUUCUACACACAAUGGCAGACGUUGAACAUACCUACAAAUUCGAUGUGAAGAUGACCUGCUCUGGCUGCUCUGGCGCUGUUACCCGAGUUCUGGACAAGGCCAAACGUGACGGAGCGGUGGGAGAGUUCUCUGUCAACCUCGAGACCCAGGAGGUCAUCGUGAAGAGCACACAGCCUUACGAAGAUAUCCACGCCAAGAUCAAGAAGACUGGCAAGGAGGUCCGAAGUGGCGAGAUUCUGGUUUAGGUUUUAUAUCAGGCUCGGGGUUUCUCUGGAUGUACGAUAAAUCCGGCGUAGAUUGGAAUGUACAUACUACUUCUUCGACUUGUUCUACAUAUUAUCUAUGGACACAAGAUGGAUUAUCAUCCU